AUGCGAGUACCUGGAGUACCCUUUGCUCUUGCUGUAGCACAGACAGCAUAUUGCCAAGAUAUUCCGAAGCCUGCGGCUGAUGGAAGAUACACCAUUUCCGCCCAAGGCAUCAGAGCACAGUUCAUCCCCUACGGCGCCACACUGACCAAUCUCUUUGUCAAUGACAAAAGCGGCGUAGAGACCGACGUCGUUCUGGGUUAUGACGAUGCCGCAUACUACGCCAAGGACACAAGCCAUCCCACGUACAACUCGAUUCCGGGGCGCUACGUCAACAGAAUUGGCAAGGCACAGUUUACAAUCGAUGGCAAAUCAUAUAAAACGCAGCGGAACGAUGGCCAAAACACACUUCAUAGCGGCACGAAUAACUGGUCAUACCGUGUGUGGAACGUCACCGCCGCUGCUAGCGACUCUAUAACUUUUUCGAUCACGGAUGCAGAGGGGGAGUCGACGGGGAUGCCUGGCCGGGUGAAUGCAAACGUCACCUAUAGCGUCGCUAACGGGACUUGGAACAUCAAGAUGAUGGCAGAUUCUCCGGAAGCCAAGACACCCCUCAUGCUGACUCACCACACCUACUUUAAUCUCGACGCAUACAAGAACCCGGCCACAGCAUUGAUCUGGGACCACACGCUAUCAAUGCCGUACGCCAAACGAUACCUCGCCAUUGAUAGCAACGCCCUCCCAACAGGCCAGAUCCUCACCGCCGCAGCAGGAAGCAUCAAUGACUUUGCGAGCAAGCCUAACAUUACACUCGGCCACGCCAGAAGCAGCACGCAGUUCCGCGGCAACUGUGGCGGUAGUUGCGAGGGGUACAACGGGUAUUGGAUCUUCGAUGACGUGCCUGGGAAGGACACACCAGCGCUGGCCCUCGCGAGUCUCUGGUCCGGGAUCAAGGCUGAGCUACGCACAAAUCAACCUGGUGUGGUGCUGUACAGCUGUGCUUGGUCGGAUGGGUCGGCGAACCUCAAGCGCACGCAAGGAACUGGGUCGAGGAAGAAGGUGGAGAAGAGUUCUUGUGUGGCUAUCGAGGCGCAGGAUUACGUGGAUGGGAUUAACCAUCGUGAAUGGGGCCGCGUUGAUGCUCAGAUUACAGGUCCGGGAGGAACGUACCUCUGGGAAAGUUCGUGGAGAUUUGGCUUGAUAAGUCCUUGA